CACUCUAGCUCCUAACAACACACACUAGUUUCCCACACUUUCUGUGUGGCUGUGAAGUCUCUGCACCUAUAUAGGACCCCUACCAAUGUAGACCCAGCCCUUCUGCAUGGAGUCUGGGCUCCACACAGACCCUCACGCCAACCCCACAUAUCAGUUUGCAGGCUGAUUAACACAAGUUAGUACAGCUGACGCUCCGAGAAGCAGUCAGCCAUGAUGCAGACCCAGGAUUCUUCUCUCCUUCCAGACUCCCCCACCUCCCAGGACACUCAAGACCGUACAAGGACUGUGGAGACAGGGACGGCGUCUUCAGGACUGGCUCUGAGAGAAACCAACCUUCCAGAUAGGGCAGAGCUCAAACAAAGGGCACAGCCUUCCGAGAAUGGAUGGGCACCAUGAACAUACCUCCACACGCGGAGGAGAGACAUAGUCGCAGGGGCUUCAGGGACCAUGAGAAUGGGGUUGGGGCAGGAGUGGCCCACUAGCCUCACCUCUGCCUCAGCCUUAGCGCCAGCCCAUUGUGACCUCCCUGGCUGUACCCAGGCCUUUGUGACUGUCAUUCUGGGUAGAUUUGUGAGCCAGGGUGACAUCUAAAGUGCCCUGAAAGAGAGUGGCAGGUCAGCCAGGCAAGAGCCUGGACCUGGGGUCAGGAAGGGGUCACAGGGAGGAAUGGAGGGGUCAAAACCCCUGGGGCCCUGUGGACACUCUCAUUCCCAGUGUCCCCCAGCCUCAGUUUCAAACAGUCAUGGAGAAUGUCUAGAUCAGCCCUGUCAGGGAUUUGUGAGGUGGUCCUGUCUGCCCCCGUUUCAGUCCACUCAGUCACUAGAGUCUUCCAGACCUUUCCCUGCUCCGGGGACAGGAUGUGGGGGACCCAGAGUGGGAGGAGAGGCACCUGGGAUAUUUCUGUCAAGUGAAGAAGGAGAGAUGCAACGGCAGAGAGCUCCAGAGACAGCAGCGUCCCGACGAGAAGUGGAGGCUGAGGUAGAGUGGAGCUGGCCCCUGCAUCCAGAGCAUGAAAAGGGGCCACCUAGGCAGACAGGAUCCCCCACCUUAGGACCCAGGCCCUGCCCAUGUCCAACCCUGUCUCCCGGAGGAGGGGCCGCAGCCUCACCUAGGACAGCUCCCACGCAGCUCCAGGCUGGGACGCUGGAGUCUGCAGAGCAAUCCUUUCUACAGCUGGAGCAGGAGAACCACAGCCUGAAAAGGCAGAACCAGGACCUUCGGGAGCAGCUGGGGGCCCUCCUGGGGCCAGGGCAGCAGUUCCUGCCUCUGUGUGCCGAGCACUCGGGCUGCACAGCCCUGGCCUGGGUAAGCGGGAGUGCACAGCCCCGGACCCAUGCAGCAGCACCUCGAGCUGUCCACAGCCUGGGGCAUGACCUGGGGGCUUUCCCACGGUCCCCCGAGUCAGCCAGCACCCGGCCCCUGGAAGACAGGGCACCUGUGCAGCUGUUGCGGCCGCAAGAGCUCUGUCAGGGGGAAGAGUCCUUUGUGCGGCAGUCCCAGAGUGAGCUGCAACAGAUCCGGCUGUCCUUUGAGAGAAAGAAGAUGGCCAUCACUGAGGUGUGGGACGGUGUGGCUGAGGUCCACAUGGCUCUGAACAACCAGGCCACCGGGCUCCUGAACCUCAAAAAGGACAUCCGAGGUGUGCUAGAUCAGAUGGAAGACAUUCAGCUGGAGAUUCUGGGGGAGAGGGCCCACUGCCGCGCUCAGGCUAGGAAGCAGCAGCAGAUGGCGUGCAUGGAGAAAGGCAGGCCACAGCUGGGAUGUUCCGAGGGCCUAAAGGGCCAGCUCUGGCUGCUGGCCUUGAGGCUGCUGCUGGGUGCCCUGCUGGCCUGCACAGCGGCCUACGUGUACGUGGUGGACCCCGGACCCUUCGAGGGGUUGGUGCCACCCCUGCUGAGCCGAGCCGCUGUCUGGAAGCUCAGGGCCCUACUGGGCCCCUUCUUACGCCUCGAGGUGGACGACUUCCUGCCUUUCUAGGCCAGAGGCCCAGAUGCCCCAGCAAGGAGGAGGCCAGGUGGCUGGCGCUGCCCCAGGGGCCCGGUGGCUUUACUGGUUCCUGCCUACAGCACUGCUGCACACAGUCCCUACCAGGAGCUGCAGAGAAGGGUGGAGGAGGGGCUUGUCCUGAGGGCUGGGCCUGCAGCUGGACAUACAGUCAUGACACACUUUGCAUGUAAGCUUGUUUCCAUGGAAACUGGAGUUUUGCAGGGGAAAAGGUUUGGGAACUUUCUAAGGCACUCUGCUUGUCUGGCCGUUGGGGUUUGGCGUUGGGGCCCCUGCCUCAAAUCCCAGUAUUGGGUUCUAUCUGCACUCACAAAGUGUCCCUGGAGCAUGAGGGUGUGGCAGGAUGGUCUUCCCCAAAGGCUACAGCUAGGCAAGGCAAGGCAUCUGUGGGGCUCACCUUCUGGACCAGGCCCUCCCGAGGACCUCAGCUGUCAGAGCCCUGAAUCUGCUUACCCAUCCACCCCGUCUUGUCCACCCUGCCAG